CCACGAUGGGUUUGGGUGACUACAGCCACUGCAGACAGAGAAUGUCCCGGGGACUCUACGGAGUCUCUGGAAGGGCUACGCUGUGGUCCCCAGCUUUCCACCCGGUGCACCGCAUGCCUUGCGGCACUUGGCGCAUCGAGGCACCAGAGCAUGUCCGGGCGUCCAGCCCGGUGCUGGAGCACCUCCGGAGACAGCUGGAGCGCGCCUUCCAGCGGGCGGCGGCACGCGGGCGCGCCAGGCGCGCGCGGGAGGCUGUGGCGGCAGUGGCGGCGGCCGCGGCGGCAGCACGGGAGGAGCGGAGCCGGGCGCGCAUGGAGUGCGCCCUGGCCCGGCUGCGCGCGGAGCUGCUGGAACUGCGUUUCCAGAACCACCAGCUGGCCCGAACUUUACUGGAUUUAAACAUGAAAAUGCAGCAGCUGAAGAAGAGACAGGACCAGGAGCGUGCUUCCAAACCCCAGAGCCCGCAAGACGAGGAGAUGAAUCCCGAGUGCGGAAACGCAUAGUGGAGAGUCUGAGCCCGCAACUCCGAAGCAAUCCCAAGCCCUCACCAUAACAUAGGCCACUCUGAAACCGUUCUAGCAUUAACACUAGCGAUGCUGUAUGUGCGCUCUGAGGGACAGUUUGUCCAGUGAAAAUGUAAGUGUAAGGAGGAUGUGUGAAAAAAAUUAGUUAAGAAAGGGAGUGAUACAUUUUUAUUUUGAAGUUUUAAAAAUAUUCAUUCAUUGGUUUGACUGGUUAUUGUCUUAGUAGGCAGAAGGGAAGAGGAAUCAGGAAGGUAGAGGAGGAAGAAAACCAAAGCACUAAAGACUGCCUUAAUGCUAGCUUACGACGCUGCAUGUUACCUUCCUGUAGGAUUGUGUGAACUUGCAGAAUCUGUGCUUAUUUUUACUUUAUUUUUGGUCCAUUUAGUAGCCUAUCCAGUACUCUUCUGACCUGUGAAAUGGAGAAUUACUUAUGUCUGGAUUCCAGCCAUAUCCUUGAUGUGACCAGCAUGAAGGGUGUCUCACAUGUAUGCCAGGGCUUGCUGUUGAAAUGUAAAAUACUAACUAUUCUCCUAACGUCUUUGCCUCAGUUGAUUCAAGUUUGGCUUUCAAGAUGUACACCCCUAAAUUCCUAACUAAUAUAGUUCUUUUGUUCAAUCAACUUGGGAGUUUAAAUGGUUCUUAUUGAAUUAAAAGAUCUAAUUGUGCCCCAAAAGUGCUUUACCAUGCAAAAAUAAAAUUAAUAAAAAUAGUUGCAGACCUAA